AAUCGGAGACCGCCUCUUUGCUCUGUUCUCUCUCUUCCUCUUCCGCUUCGACGGACCCUACUCGAGAGCGGCGAUGGAUGUUCCUGGAUCGUAUGCUGUUACUCAGCCCCUCCGGCACCGUGGCAUGGCCGCGCCUGCGCCCCACAACCUGCAGCAGGCCGCUGCCUCACCCCUCGCUACUUCUCAGAGUCCGUGUCCGCCUAUGAUUGCGAACAAGGUCCGCCUCAGGAUGAUUGCCAAGCGCCUCCACAUGAAUUUCUCUGGAAGCAUAUCUUUGGACGCCCAGGAGCUCUUCUACCUCGUGAUCUCCCUUGCGAGAUGCAUUGACUAUGCUCUCUCACAUAAUGAUAUUCCUGAACGUGGAGUUCUUCACUGUCUUUUUCCAAUAAUAAAACAGGUUUAUCAAUGUCAGAACCAGAGUGACACUUCACUCCAAACAGCUAUCAUGGCUCUAAUGAUUGCUGUCAAGAAUGCUUGUGCCAAGGAAUGGUUUCCCAAUUCAGAUGCGAAAGAACUACUUGACAAGACAAAUGAGCUAUAUAGCAGCUUUUGCAUGUCAGUGAGUAAUACCAUUGCGGGCAGUGCUCAAGUUAUUAUUUACAAGAUUCUGCCCAGGUUUUAUCCACAGUACCAAUUUCAGCGUGUAAUUGUUUCGCUUGAAGCAAAGCCUGGUUAUGAUGUUCUAGUGGCUGAUUUCUCCAUUCAGAGGAACAUACCUCCAGAUGAAAGGAUUUGUCUACUAGUUGCUCAAAUGGAUAAUCUAGAGACUUCAUCGUGUAUCAUAAACCCCCAACAUGUUAGCUUUUUGGUAAACGGGAAGGGUGUUGCAAGGAGGACAAACUCUUCAAUGGAUACAGGACCACAGUUUCCUUCAGAUAUUACUAGCAUGCUCAAAUAUGGGAUGAAUAUUCUUCAGGCUAUCGGGUAUUUCACUGCAGGUAAUUAUGUCAUAGCCAUAGCCUUUUUGAGUAUGAUAGCGACCCCGACUGCUGCAAGACUGGAAGAUUAUGUGCAGCCAGUGACUCAAACUAUGGUUUCAGAUUCUGACAUAAUUGAGGGGCCAUCAAGAAUCUCACUAAAUUGCCCUAUAAGUUUCAAGCGCAUAAAAACUCCCGUUAAAGGACGUCUCUGUAAUCAUCAUCAGUGUUUUGAUUAUGACAAUUUCAUGGAAUUGAACUCCCGGAAGCCCUCGUGGCGUUGCCCAUGUUGUAACACAUCUACUAGUUGUAUCGAGUUGCGCAUUGACCAAAAGAUAGUUAAGGUACUACAAGAGGUAGGAGAGGAUGAAACAGAUAUUGUUAUUUUCUCCAAUGGAUCAUGGAAGACAUCUUUUGAAUACCGAGGUGUCAACCAAUUGCACGGAGGAAAGUCUGGAAAGGAGGAAACAAGCAUGGAGAAUGGCACAGUGGCUUCAACUGAUGUUGUGAAUCUAGUUAUGGAAGAAAAUUACCUACCUGAUAGAACAAAGAGUCUAGACAGAGGUGAAAAUGGUAACUCUGAAUUAGAAGAUAGGAAACCAUUCAGGGAAAGUAACGAUAAUCUUGAUCCUUUGUAUAAUUCCUCAUCUGCAAAUACUUCUUUGCACCAAUCAGUUACUUGCCACACUGCAAGCAGUAUUUGUCCUAUGUCUUUGGCAAUAUCAGAUAAUGCACUGGGAACAUUGGAGUCACUUGUGCCUAGUGUUCUGCUGAAUCCUGCUCAUGCUGAUGCUAUUCCUCCAGCAGAAAAUCAGGGCACCACAGAUUUUGGAGUUUCACAUGCUUCAGUGAACUUUAAUUAUGAACCACGAUUGUCAAAUCUUUCUGAAAGUAUGCCAUUGCAGUCAUUGCAUGCGAGAAGUUCAAUUAGUACCAAUGAAGCUGGGAGAUCUCCAAUACCUAAUAUUCCUAGAAUCCCAACAAUAACGCAUGCACUUCCUUCACAAACCCCAAGUUCUGUUUCACUUCCAAGGCUACAGACAGCUACUCCCAGUAGGUUCAGUUCAGUUAUUGGUAAUGUGCAAUUCAAUGAACUCGCGAGGGCUAACUAUGCAGCUUCAACAGCAAUGCGUUCCACGGCUCUGGGUCACCACCACCAGAGUAACACUGCAGUACAACAGGUUGCAAACCUUGCUGCAGCAAACCAUAUCAGCACUCAGGCACCUCCAAUCCAUCUGAGAGGGAUGGGCGCUUAUAGAGGAAACAAUCAAUCUCAAAGAAGGCAUAGUGUCACAAAUCCAUCUAGUGCAUCACUUUCAAGUUGGGUUCAGCAACCGUCAACCAAUCCAGCACACUCAACACUAGGGCAAAGUAGUUGUAAUAUACCUUUGUCUGCUCAACGUGUUGCACAUGCACAUUCCCUCACAGCAAGAAUUCCAUCAACCAGAGAAGCAUUUUUACCCUCACUUGAUAUAGGUAGGCCGCUACCUUCAGUAUUUGAUCAUUUGCCCGACCUUCCAAUUGAGCAGAACUGGCAGCCAACUGGGCGCAUGAGAGGAAGUCUAACUGGCAAUGCCUUCCAAGCUGCCCUUAAUCAUCACACGGUUACUCAGACAUCCCAAGCUCCAAUUCCACCUUUCUCAGCUAGUGUUUCUACCAACGAGAAACAACCAUCAAUUGCCAACAUGAUAAGUUGUCAAGACAGUGAAUGGAUGACUGAUUUUAAGUGAAGAGGGGUACAAUGACUUCAUACAGUAGCUAUCUACCUUGAGUGGUGUAUAAAAAACUUCACUGACAGUUUUCAACUGUGGUCUCUUCAGGCAACAAGCUGGAGACUGAAUGGCACAUUUGUGCUCACGAUUCUCAGUUGUUUAUAACACGUUUAAAUGGACUAACAAAAUGGUUUAUAGUUUAAGAACAUGUUUAAUCUUAAGAUUAGGAAAAAAAAAAAGAACAGUCAUUGAUGCUUUCCUUGCCUUGGUUCUAUGAAAAGCACUUUGAAGCCUUAACCUCCCACCUCGUUGAUUCCAUUGGUAGAGCUUGUGAUGUUGCUAAUAUUUGACACGAUGUAAAACACAGUUUUUUGAAGGGAGUUGUAAUUCAAUGUAUGUUACACACUUGAUGUUGGAUUAGGCAUGAAACUUUCGUGAUAAGACGAUGAAUGCCAACCUUAAUUAGGGUGAAAGCCUACUUUGUCAAAUUUGUCGUGUUAUAGGGUGGCAAGGAAAUUUUG